AUGUCUGCUGAACAAUCUCACCAUGAAACAACCAAGAUUGAGGUCGGAGGCUCCACUAUGACGCUUGAACGUACAAGUGAAGUCCACUUCACAACCGUAACUACCACCCAGGUAGUCCAAAACCAGAUUGGCGGAAACAUCAAUGGUGCCGUGGUACUCACCAGCGAACAACACGUUCAGCACACCAGCGAGGUUAUCCAUGUCGAGAGGAUGGUACAUCUUGGACCAAGUCAUCUUGUUACUAUUCUGCCUGGUGAGAGCCACACAUUUGAUCUUAGUGGUGUACACUUCCGCAAUGCUCUUCUUAAAGUUACAAAUCAUGAAGAAGGACAAGCUGUAUUUUCUGCUGAAGGUGGUAAUGUUCUUAAAGAUUAUGAACAGACUGUACAAAAAAUCGAAAACGAACUCCAGGUUGUUCAAAAAGUUGAAAACUUCCAUUUGGCUGGUCAUUCUUCGGUGCUCGUUAUGACUCAACCUCCUAAACAGGGAGCAGAGGAAAGAAAAGAUCACUUCCAAGUUACAAAUAAUGGAACUGUUAAAAUUGAUGCAGAGGUGACUCAUGUUGAAAGGAUGGUACACCUUGGACCACGUCAUCUAGUAACCCUUUUGCCUGGCCAGAGCCACACUUUCGAUCUUAGUGGAAUUCACUUUAAUAUGGCUGUCUUAAAGGUAGCAAAUAAUGAGGAUGGAGAGGCUGUAUUCUCUGCUGAAGGUGGCAAUGUUCUUCAAAAUAUGGAGCGUAAUGUACAAAAAGAAAGUGAGCAAGUUAAACAAAAAGUCGAAAAUGUACAUCUAGCUGGUCGUUCCUCUAUGCUUGUUAUGAGUCAGCCUCCUAAACAAGGCGAAGAAGGAAGGCAAGAUCAUUUCCUUGUUUCUAACACGGGAAACGUUAAAAUUGAUGCUGAGGUUAUCCAUAUCGAAAGAAUGGUACAUCUUGGACCAAGUCAUCUUGUAACUGUUCUACCAGGCCAGAGUCACAUAUUAGAUCUUACUGGUGUUCAUUUCCGCAACGCUCUUCUUAAAGUUACAAAUCAUGAAGAAGGAGAAGCUGUAUUUUCCGCUGAAGGUGGCAAUGUUCUAAAAGACUUUGAACAGUCUGUACAAAAACUCGAAAACGAACUCCAGGUUGUUCAAAAAGUUGAAAACUUCCAUUUGGCUGGUCAUUCUUCGGUGCUCGUUAUGACUCAGCCUCCUAAACAGGGAGCAGAAGAAAGAAAAGAUCACUUCCAAGUUACAAAUAAUGGAACUGUUAAAAUUGAUGCAGAGGUGACUCAUGUUGAAAGGAUGGUACACCUUGGACCACGUCAUCUAGUAACCCUUUUGCCUGGCCAGAGCCACACUUUCGAUCUUAGUGGAAUUCACUUUAAUAUGGCUGUCUUAAAGGUAGCAAAUAAUGAGGAUGGAGAGGCUGUAUUCUCUGCUGAAGGUGGCAAUGUUCUUCAAAAUAUGGAGCGCAAUGUACAAAAAGAAAGUGAGCAAGUUAAACAAAAAGUCGAAAAUGUACAUCUAGCUGGUCGUUCCUCUAUGCUUGUUAUGAGUCAGCCUCCUAAACAAGGCGAAGAAGGAAGGCAAGAUCAUUUCCUUGUUUCUAACACAGGAAACGUUAAAAUUGAUGCUGAGGUUAUCCAUAUCGAAAGAAUGGUACAUCUUGGACCAAGUCAUCUUGUAACUGUUCUACCAGGCCAGAGUCGCAUAUUAGAUCUUACUGGUGUUCAUUUCCGCAACGCCCUUCUUAAAGUUACAAAUCAUGAAGAAGGAGAAGCUGUAUUUUCCGCUGAAGGUGGCAAUGUUCUAAAAGACUUUGAACAGUCUGUACAAAAACUCGAAAACGAAGUAGCCCAGGUUGUAGGAAAAGUUGAAAAUGUCCAUUUGGCUGGUCAUUCUUCGAUGCUUGUUAUGACCAGCUCUUCUAAACGGGGAGCUAAAGAAAGGCACUUCCGAGUUACAAAUAAUGGAAAUGUUAAAAUUGAUGCUGAGGUGACUCACGCUGAAAGGAUGGUACACCUUGGACCACGUCAUCUCGUAACUCUUUUGCCUGGCCAGAGCCACACUUUCGAUCUUAGUGAUGUUCACUUUAAACUAGCUAUCUUAAAGAUGGUUAAUCAUGAAGAUGGAGAAGCUGUGUUCUCUGCUGAAGGUGGAAAAGUUGUCCGCGAUAUGGAGAAAAGCGUACAAAAAGUAGUUCCAAAUGAUCAGGCUAGACACAAAGUCGAAAAUGUACGUCUGGCUGGUCGUUCCUCAAUGCUUGUUAUGAGUCAGCCUCCCCAACAAGGUGAAGAAGAAAGGCAAGAUGAGUUCCUUGUUUCUAACAAAGGAAAUGUUAAAAUUGAUGCUGAGGUUAUCCAUGUCGAAAGGAUGGUACAUCUUGGACCAAGUCAUCUGGUAACUAUUUUGCCUGGAGAAAGCCACACAUUCGAUCUUAUCAGUGUACAUUUUCGUAAUGCUCUCCUAAAAGUUGUAAAUCACGAAGAAGAAGAAGCUGAAUUCUCUGCUGAAGGUGGUAUUGUUCUAAAUGACUUUGAACAGAGUGUACAAAAACUUGAACAUGAAGUCCAGGAAUCACAAAAAGUUGAAAACUUCCAUUUGGCUGGUCAUUCUUCGGUACUUGCUAUGACUCAACCCCCCAAACAGGGAACAGGAGAAAGAAAAGAUCACUUCCAAGUUACAAAUAACGGAAAUGUUAAAAUUGAUGCCGAGGUUACUCAUGUUGAAAGAAUUUUACACCUUGGACCACGCCAUCUCGUAACCCUUUUGCCUGGCCAGAGUCACACUUUCGAUCUUAGUGGAGUUCACUUUAAUAUGGCUGUCUUAAAGAUAGCAAAUCAUGAGGAUGGAGAGGCUGUAUUCUCUGCUGAAGGUGGAAAUGUUCUUCACGACAUGGAGAAAAACGUACAAAAAGAAGAAAUUGUAGAACACGUUGAACACAAAGUCGAAAAUGUUCAUCUGCCUGGUAAUUCUUCAAUGCUUGUUAUGAGUCAGCCUCCUAAACAAGGUCAAGAAGAAAGAAAAGAUCAAUUCUUUGUUGUUAACAAGGGAAAUGUUAAAAUUGAUGCUGAGCUUAUUCAUGUCGAAAGAAAAGUACAUUUUGGACCAAGUCAUCUUGUAACUAUUUUGCCUGGCGAAAGUCACACAUUCGAUCUUAGUGAUUUACACUAUCGUAAAACUCUCCUAAAAGUCAUAAAUUAUGAAGAAGGAGAAGCUGUAUUUUCUGCUGAAGGUGGUAAUGUUCUAGAAGACUAUGAACAGACUGUACAAAAACUCCUACGUGAAGUUCAGGUUACACAAAAAGUUGAAAACUUCCAUUUGGCUGGUCAUUCUUCGAUGCUUGUUAUGACCAGCUCUUCUAAACGGGGAGCUAAAGAAAGGCACUUCCAAGUUACAAAUAAUGGAAAUGUUAAAAUUGAUGCUGAGGUUACUCAUGCUGAAAGAAUGGUACACCUUGGACCACGUCAUCUCGUAACUAUUUUGCCUGGCCAGAGCCACACUUUCGAUCUUAGGGAUGUUCACUUUAAAAUAGCUAUCUUAAAGAUAGUUAAUCGUGAAGAUGGAGAAGCUGUGUUCUCUGCUGAAGGUGGAAAAGUUGUCCGCGAUAUGGAGAAAAGCGUACAAAAAGUAGUUCCAAGUGAGCAGGCUAAACACAAAGUCGAAAAUGUACGUCUGGCUGGUCGUUCCUCAAUGCUUGUUAUGAGUCAGCCUCCCAAACAAGGUGAAGAAGAAAGGCAAGAUCAUUUCCUUGUUUCUAACAAAGGAAAUGUUAAAAUUGAUGCUGAGGUUAUCCAUGUCGAAAGGAUGGUACAUCUUGGACCAAGUCAUCUGGUAACUAUUUUGCCUGGAGAAAGCCACACAUUCGAUCUUAGCGGUGUACAUUUUCGUAACGCUCUCCUAAAAGUUGUAAAUCAUGAAGAAGGAGAAGCUGAAUUCUCUGCUGAAGGUGGUAUUGUUCUAAAUGACUUCGAACAGAGUGUACAAAAACUUGAACCUGAAGUCCAGGAUGUACAAAAAGUAGAAAACUUUCAUUUGGCUGGUCAUUCCUCGAUGUUGGUUAUGACUAGUUCUAAACAGGGAGCAGAAGAAAGACACUUCCAAGUUACAAAUAAUGGAAAUGUUAAAAUUGAUGCAGAGGUUACUCAUGCUGAAAGGAUGAUGCACCUUGGACCACGUCAUCUCGUAACUCUUUUGCCUGGCCAGAGCCACACUUUCGAUCUUAGUGGAAUUCACUUUAAAAUGGCUAUCUUAAAGGUAGUAAAUCAUGAAGAUGGAGAGGCUGUGUUCUCUGCCCAAGGUGGAACUGUUGUGCACAAAAUGGAGCAAAGCAUACAAAAAGAAUCAGUUCCAAAUGAACAUGUAGAACAUAAAGUGGAAGACUUUCAUCUAGCUGGUCAUUCCUCUGUCCUUGUUAUGAGUCAACCCCCCAAACAAGGCGAAGAGGAGAGAAAAGAUCAAUUUCUGGUUUCCAAUAAGGGAAAUGUCAAAAUUGAUGCAGAAGUCACCCAUGUCGAAAGAAUGAUCCAUUUAGGACCAAGCCAUAAACAAACUCUCUUGCCUGGUGAGACUCACACUUUCGAUCUUAGCGGUGCCCACUUCAGAUUAGCUGUUCUUAAAAUUACGAAUCAUGAAGAUGGGGAAGCUGUUUUUUCUGCCGAGGGCGGUAAUGUUUUAAACGGUUUUGAGAACAACGUACAAAAAGUUGAACACGAAACACAAGUUGUACAUAAGGUUGAGAACUUCCAUCUUGCAGCUGACUCCUCAGUGCUCGUUAUGACUCAACCUCCCAAACAAGGAAAUGAAGAAAGGAAAGAUUAUUUCCUUGUAAGCAACAAUGGAAAGGUCAAGAUCGAAGCUGAGGUUACUCACGUAGAAAGGAUUCUACACCUUGGACCACGUCAUGUAGUAACUCUUUUGCCUGGUGAAAGCCAUACCUUCGAUCUUAGUGGUGUUCAUUUCCGCAUGGCUGUUUUGAAAGUUACCAAUUAUGAAGACGAGGAAGCAAUCUUUUCAGCAGAGGGAGGCAAUGCCCUUCAAAAUUUAGAAAAAAAUGUACAAAAAGUAGAACACAUUGAACACAAGGUUCAGAACGUUCGUCUGCCAUCUCACUCAUCGGUACUUGUUUUGGCUCAACCACCAAAAGAGAACGAAGACCAUAGGAAGGAUUACUUCCGUAUUAGCAACAACGGAAAUGUCAAGAUUGAUGCUGAGAUUGUCCAAAACGAUCUUGAACAAGCACAUACCAAAAGCCUUUUACCUGGUGAGAGCCACACUUUUGACCUGAACGAUAAUCAGUUCCACUUGGCUCAUUUGAAAGUAUCCAAUCUUGAAGAUGGAGAAGCUGUCUUCUCUGCUGAAGGAGGGAACGUUCUCCAUGAUUUCCUAAAUAACAUACAAAAGGUGGUAGCCGAGAAGCCCAAACAUAAACUCGAUCAUUUCCUAUUGCCCCCUAGAAGAACUGUUUUGGCAUUAUCUCAGAACGGUGUUGAAGGUGAAGAAAAUAAUAAGUAUACCAUUACCAACCAUGGACCCGCUGAUCUUUUUGUUGAAGUUGUACAUAUUAAUCACAUCUACGAUGCUCCACACUGGUACGUCGUCAGGCCAGAUGAAACCACAGAAAUUCCAAUUAACGAGCAUCUCCAACGCAAUCUUUUACGAUUGACCAAUAACAGUUACAAAGACGAAGUAGUCGUCAGUGCUGAAGGCGGUCACGUUCUUCAAGGUAUUGAGCACAACAUUGAACAACUUUCAAAGGCAGACAAUUCCGGAAAUGUAUUAACUAAAGUAGAGAACUUUUCGUUGCCCCCAAGAAGCUAUAUUGUUGCUUUGAGUCAAAACGUUGAAGGAAGCAACGAACAUCCUGGAAAGUACAUCGUAACGAACCAUGGUAAAGCUGCUUUCGAUAUUGAAUUGAAACGUACAUCACCUGUUCAAACACUUGAUCUUCAUCGCAGAACAGUUCAGCCUAAUGCAACUGAAUAUUUUGAACUCACAGCCCAAUUCCAAAAUACAGUAUUGGAAGUUAUCAAUACCAGCCAGACUGAAACAGCAGUCUUUACAGCCGAAGGAGGCGAUGUUAUGCAUGAUCUCCAAGAUGAGAUUAAAAAACUGGAUGUUCAAGAACAAAGUACCCUCGACAAAAUUAUAAAUUCCUUAGAAAACCUUCGUUUGAAUGCACGCUCACGCGUCUUGGCUUUGGUAUAUGAUCCCAAAGAUGCAACAUCAGCAGAAGAAAAAGGUUUUACUAUUACUAACCACGGAAAAGUCGACGUAGAAGCCGAGGUUGUUUACACCGACAGUGAUGACCGUGGCAAAGACGAAAUCAAAGUCAUUAAACCCAAUGAAACUGUAGUAAUUGAGCACGUUAAAGAUGCUGGAAAGGCUGUAUUAAACAUCUUAAACAGAAGUUACAAGGAAUUGGGACUUAUUACUGUCAAGGGAGGUAGAGUAAUUCACGAACUGGAAAGAAAAAUAAAGAAACUCGCAUCUGACAAUGAAGUAGUCCUAGAAUUAGAUCGUUUCCAUUUGGCACCUAACUCUUCGGUGGUUGUUAUGCACCAAAUUGGUAAAUACAAACGAAGAUUUGAAAACUUUGGUGUAGGCCUUAAAUCUAGACUUGGUGGUAUUCAGAAAUCUAUACAAGAGGUACGCCAAAAACUUGAAGGAGAAGGUGAACAUCAUCCGGCCCAAGGUGAGCAUCAUCAACCUCAAGGAGAGCAUCAUGAACGGGAAGGUGGACAUCAACAAAAUGAGCAUCAUAAAUUCGUGGGAGUCCAUGAUAAACUAAUUAAACGUAGACAAGUUCUUCACGAUAGAUAUACCAUCACUAAUUAUGGAUACCACCCAAUUACUGUUCAGAUCGUUCACCUAAGAAAAGGAGAUGCCGAUGAGGUGCUUCGUAGCCAGGUCGUGAAACCAAAUGAAACCCAGGAACUACUUCUUGAAGGUAUCGAAUCGUCUUCGCUAAAGGUUAUCAAUGAAAGUUCAAAGGACAUUGCUAUUUUCUCUGCAGAAGGAGGAGAAGUCAUUCACGGAGUUGAACAUUUAAUUAGACAAAUACAUAGAGGCGAUGGUAUCCAAAGUGUUUUGUGGCGUUCAAGACGUGAAUAAAAAUUUGAAAUAAAGUGUACAAUAUUUUGAGC